AUGUCGCAACUCUCCUGGUCCCCGACGGCGACCCUCCGCAAGGGCUUGCGCAUCUUCCUCCCCAUCUCCCUAGCUCUGACGAUAUACCUCUACUUCUUCCCCUUUUUCGGAAAAUGCGCCUUUCCAUUGCCGCCUGUCCAACAUAAUGCGCCCGCCGACACAGGCUACCAUGCCUUCCUCGAGACGGUCAAGUUGCACCUUUCGCUACCGUCUGUGCCCGUAGACGAAACCGAUCCUACCUCGACACCCACCGUUACACCUUCGCGACCGCUUGCGCCGUUUCGUCUCCUCGCACUCGGCGACCCGCAGCUCGAAGGCGACACCUCGAUCCCAACCGAGUACCUAGGCGUCUUCCCGCACGUCAAGAGCCUCUUCCGCCACCUGACCUUCCAGACCAGCCACGCCUCUCUACGAUGGCGCCUCCGCCAGUGCUUCCACGAGAUCGUCGAUAUUUUUUUCGAAGACGUCUUCAACCUUGCCGAGUCCUACCGCAAGCGCUUCGACCACUGGGGUAACGACUACUACCUUGCCCACAUCUACCGCACGCUACACUGGUGGUCACGCCCGACGCAUGUCACCGUUCUCGGUGACCUUCUUGGCAGUCAGUGGGUCACCGACGAUGAAUUCUACUGGCGCGCCCACCGCUUCUGGAACCGCGUCUUCAAAGGCGGCGAGCGCGUCCCCGACGAAGUCGCCAUGUACCCAGCCGACGAGUACGACCUAACCGGCUACCUCUCGACUAGCGGUCCAGCCAACGACUCUUCCGUCUGGACCAAGCGCAUCAUCAACGUAGCGGGGAACCAUGACAUUGGAUACGCAGGCGACAUUAACACUAAUCUUACCGCGCGCUUCGAAGACGCCUUUGGCAAGAUCAACUACGAGCUCCGCUUCGAGCUGCCCCUUACCAACAAGUCCCUGACCUCGACCCUCUUCGACGCCCUCGACAACCCGCUCUCCGACCGUCUCGUGCCCGAACUCCGUCUCGUCGUACUCAACGACAUGAACCUCGACACGCCCGCUUUGUCGACCGAACUACAAGACGACACCUACUCCUUCAUCAACAGCGUCAUCAACACCGCCAGCGCGGUGCAGUUCAAGGGCCACUUCACUUUGGUGCUCACGCACGUGCCGCUUUACAAACCCGACGGCGUCUGCGUCGAUUCGCCGCUCUUCACCUUCCACGACCACGACGGGACCUUGAAGGAGCAGAACCAGUUGAGUCUGGCGGCCAGCAAGGGGUUCCUUGAGGGCAUGCUGGGAAUGUCGGGAAAUAAAGACGCGCCUGGCAACGGCCAGGGCAGGAGGGGGAUUAUACUGAACGGACAUGAUCAUGAGGGGUGCGAUACAUGGCAUUAUAUCAACCAGUCUUUUGUCGAGGUGGAGAGGCUUGUCCAAUCUGAAGACGGGGAGUACGAGAUCGAGAGAAAGCAGAGGGAGUGGGAGGUCAAGAGGUACAAGCAGGCCAAGAAGGAGUCCCUGAUCGGUCGCGAGGAUAUGCCGGGCGUGAGGGAGGUGACGGUGCGAAGCAUGAUGGGCGAGUUUGGCGGGAACGCGGGGCUUCUGAGCGUCUGGUUCGACGAGGAGGAGUGGGAGUGGAAGGCCGAGUAUGCGACGUGCCCGAUGGGCACCCAGCAUUUGUGGUGGGUGGUGCAUUUUAUGGAUUUCUUUGUGAUUUUGGGGGCGGUGCUGUUGGCCGGCGCAGGAGUGGCGGGGUGGUUUGGUGUGGAUGUUGAUAGAGCUGUUGUGAGGGGGUUGAGGAGGAUGGUUGGUGGAAGGAAAUACAGACGGAGGACGGGCGAGAGGAGCGAGAGACAAGAAAGGCUUAGGGGGGAGGGAGAGAGGCAUAGAGAUGAAAGAGGGAAAAGCCGCGAUCGAGGGGUCUUGAAGGAUCGGACGAGGUCAAAGUCCAGGAGGCGGUUGGAGAGGAGGGGUGUGACGCCUGAUCAGCAGUUAUGGAGUGAGGCGAAGAAGAGGUUGGAUUAUGCAAAGUCGUGA